AUGGGGCAAGACAGGGAACAAGUGACUGAUAAAACUAAACUACAGAGAAAUGAUCCAAAAGAAAGUCAAUAUGAGGAAUACAAGAUGUACCGUGAACGAUCUUCCUAUAAUAGGGAUAGUUCAUCCGUUAAUACCAAGAGAGAUCAGAGCCCAAAGAGACCUACUUUUAACAUCGGGCCCUCAGGAAUCUUGGGCCAGCAAGACUCCAAAGAUCUGAAAUCUAAGUCAAGCUCAGAGAAAGAAAAGAAUUACAGCGAGCCGCCAGAAAAAACCUCCCCUCCGAAGGAUAAAUACUACAUCUUUCUCUUCAAUGACAUCUACCCUGAUGGGAAACGAAUCUCUCUGAAUAAUUCCUUUUACACUUUGGGCAAUACUGACGACUGUGAUUUUAAACUCGCAGAUGUGGACAUUGGUCAGGUAAACACCGUUAUUCAAUUCAGGAAAAUGAAAGGUACAAUAAAGCCAUACAUUAUUGAUCUUGGUUCUAUGUCUGGGACUAAUGUCAAUGAUAUUCCAAUACCCCCCAAGAGAUAUCUCGAAUUGAAAAAUUCCGAUUCCAUCAUCAUAGGAGACUCGUCUUCUGAGUUUAUAUUCAUGAUCACAGGUUAA